AUGGAAAAUUUCAUUAAACUAGGUAGAAAGAUUGUUGCUGUGGCUAGAAAUUACAGGAAACAUGCUGCUGAAUUAAAUAAUCCUGUACCAGAGGAACCAAUGAUCUUUCUUAAACCGACAAGCUCGUAUAUUCAAGAAGGAGAGGCUAUACGAAUCCCACCAGGAUGCAAUCGUUUAUUUCAUGAAGUUGAGUUAGGUAUAGUCAUUGGUAAACGGGGCAGCAAUAUCCCUUAUAACCAUUAUCUCGACUAUGUGUAUGGCUAUAUACUAGCUUUAGACAUGACAGCUCGCGAUUUAACUGAAGUAGGUCUUCCGUGGAAUAUAAGUAAAGGAUUUGAUACGGCAUGCCCAGUCAGUAAACUAAUUACUAAAAGUGCAUUAGGCGAUCCUCAUAGUGCUCGACUGUGGCUCAAAGUAGAUGGGAUUAUGAAGCAAGACGGAAAUACAUCCGAUAUGGUCCAUAAUAUUCCCAAAUUAAUCAGUUAUAUCAGUCAAUUUAUGACUUUAGAACCAGGAGAUGUCAUUUUAACAGGUACUCCAGAUGGAAUUGGACCAGUUAUAGCCAAUCAAAAUAUUACUUGUGGAAUUAAUGAUGUACUGCAAAUGUCCUUCAAUGUCGAGUAA